AACCCCUUUAAUCAUUCUCUUUCAACCCUUUUGCUCUCAUGCCUCUUAAGGAUUCCAAUUCCUUUGCAAGAUUUUUGUGGGCUCCUUGAUUUCAUUUCAUGCUCCUCUUUUCAUGAUUCUUUCUCUCAAGGAGCCGUGCAUUUUUUUGAUUGUCUGUUUGUGAGUUUUGGUUUUUGGGGUGCGUGAAGACCAUGAGUUGCCUCCCCUGUUUUCAGAGCAACGACGAAAGCGCCGAUGACAACAAGAACGACGACUUGCCCGUAGCUCAGCCUAAAGAUUUACCUCCAUCUGCUGCUCCUGUAAAUAAUAAUAGCUCGCAAGAUACAUCAGCCAACACCAGUAAUGCAGCAGAAAAUGAAAGUGCGGUCAAAACGUUCACUUUCCGUGAACUUGCCAUGGCAACAAAGAAUUUUCGUCAAGAAUGUCUUAUUGGUGAAGGUGGAAUUGGAAGGAUAUUUAAAGGGACACUUGGAUCAAGUGGACAGAUUGUUGCUGUUAGGCAACUGGACAGAAAUGGAGUACAAGGGAGCAAGGAGUUUGGCGCUGAAGUUUCGAGGUUGAGUCUCCUUCAGCACCCGAAUCUUGUCAAGAUAAUCGGAUAUUGUGCUGAUGGAGAACAGAGGAUAUUGGUGUACGAAUACAUGCAAUCUGGUCCAUUAAUGAACCAUCUUUUUGACCUUCCAGCAGAGAAAAAACCAUUAGAUUGGACUACAAGAAUGAAAAUUGCUGUAGGUGUUGCAGAAGGACUCGAGUACUUACACGAGAAAGUUGACCCACCUAUCAUAUAUUGCGACUUAAAAUCCUCAAAUAUCCUUUUGGAUGAAGCUAAGAAUCCAAGACUCUCACAAUACGGGCUCAGCAAACUCGUCCAAAGUGGCAAUAAGAUGCAUGUAGCACCAACAGGUAAUGGAUAUUAUGCACCAGAAUAUGAAAGAACUGGUGAACUAUCACCAAAGUCAGACGUUUAUAGCUUUGGUGUCAUCCUACUAGAGCUUAUCUCAGGCCGUAAAGCCUUGGACACUUCACGGCCAGCAGAUGAGCAAAGUUUAGUUAACUGGGCACAACCGAUUUUCAAGGACCAGUCGAAGUUUCCACAGAUGGCUGAUCCACUUCUCAAAGAGGCAUUUCCAGUAACAAGCUUAAAUCAAGCGGUGGGAGUCGCAGCAAUGUGUCUGCAGGAAGAACCAGCAGCACGCCCGUUGAUCAAUGAUGUUUCAGCUGCCCUUAGUUUCCUCGCAAUGGCUCGCCCGGAAGCUCCUAUUCCUGCUCAUCUCGUUCCUAUACUAUCAUCAAGAGUGAAAACAGGAAAAUAUCCGUCUACUAAGGAGGGCCUAAAUUCUGUUUCUGAACAAGACAAUACUUCGGAUAUUGAGGAUGAAGACAGAGGGCGUUGUAGUCAUGACGACAAAUCAAGUUCCGACUAUGAGUAUGGGGAUAGUUCAGAAGAAGGUUCAGAUGACGACAAUCCAAAACAAUCCCGACUCAAAUCUCGCAAAUCGAAAAAGUCGGGCGAGGACAAAAAGUAAAAGUAAGAUGGAUCGGGAUUGUAGUGAUGGUAGCACUCUCCCGGAAAGAAGUGGGCAAGAUCUACACAAUCUUAGUAUUAUGAUUAUAAUCUGAGCAGUGAUGAAGAACCGAAUGAUGGUAAAAAUUCAAGAAGCAACAACAAAGCUGCAUGAGCCUUAAAUCCAAAUCAAAUCCAAGUCACAACUUCAGUGUCAUAUGGACCUAGCAUGAGAUAUAAUGACGGAUUUUAGUACAUUCAAGAACCUUGCAGCACUUUCAGUACGACACUGACCUGGAUAUGAUGGCGCGGGACUAUCACGAGAUCCAUAUCUUAAGAAACAAAAACUCAGUUUAUGGAGUAGAUGAUCAUGGAGGUGACUUCAAGUUGGUUUGACAAAUACUUUUGUUUUCACCUUUGGCGGAUCAAGAUUUCUUUUAGCUGACCGUUCCAUGUUGGAUCUGAAUACUUAUGUAUAGGGAAUUUGAGGUAUAUAUAGUGAUGAACAGGAAACAUCUUUUCUUAGCUUUUAGCUUUUCUUUCUCCUUGUAUGCUCAUUCUACACAACUUUUGCUAGGCAUUUUGAAAGUAACAUUUGAACAACUUUCCAUUUAAGUACAU